UGUUUGCUCCUACGGGCUGUAGAUGGAGCUGUCCGGCCCCGGCGAGGGGGAAGGCGCCUGGAAAACGUUCUUCUUCUCCCUGGCCGGCCCGAGCGGGGAGCAGCACUCCCAGGAUGCAGUUUGUGUCAACACGGCCGCAGCCUCAGCAGCUGGGCAUCCAGGGCUUGGGGCUGGACAGUGGGAGCUGGAGCUGGGCCCAGGCUCUGCCCCCGGAGGAGGUCUGCCACCAGGAGCCGGCGCUGCGCGGGGAAAUGGCCGAGGGAAUGCCGCCCAUGCAGGCUCAAGAAUGGGACAUGGAUGCCCGGCGACCAAUGCCCUUUCAGUUCCCACCCUUCCCAGAUAGGGCCCCGGUCUUCCCUGACCGCAUGAUGCGAGAGCCCCAGUUACCCACAGCAGAGAUCUCACUCUGGACCGUGGUGGCCGCCAUUCAGGCUGUGGAGAGGAAGGUGGAUGCCCAGGCCAGCCAACUACUGAACCUGGAGGGACGCACCGGGACGGCCGAGAAGAAGCUGGCCGACUGCGAGAAGACGGCCGUGGAGUUUGGCAAUCACAUGGAGAGCAAGUGGGCCGUGCUGGGCACGCUGCUGCAGGAGUACGGGCUGCUGCAGCGGCGCCUGGAGAACCUGGAGAACCUGCUGCGCAACAGGAACUUCUGGGUGCUGCGGCUGCCCCCUGGCAGCAAGGGGGAAGCCCCCAAGGUUCCUGUGACCUUUGUGGAUAUUGCUGUUUAUUUCUCUGAGGAUGAGUGGAAGAACUUGGAUGAAUGGCAGAAGGAGCUUUACAACAACCUCGUGAAGGAGAACUACAAAACCCUGAUGUCCCUCGAUUCCGAGAGCUCAGUGCCCAAGCCCGAUGCCCCGGCCCAGGUAGAGCCCCGGGAAGAGCCUUGUGUGUGGGAGCAGCGUCACCCUGAGGAGAGAGAAGUCCCAAUGGAUCCAAACACAGGAGCAGAGCCCCUGGUGACUGCACAAGAUGUGUCCUCCCAGGUGAAACGAGAGGAAGCCAUGUGUGUCCGGGGCCAGCGGGGCCUGGAGGAGAGAGCCAUCCCCACGGAAUCCAUCACUGACUCCCCGAUUUCUGCCCAGGAACUCUUAUCCCGGAUUAAGCAAGAGGAGCACCAAUGCGUAUGGGAUCAGCAAGAUUUGGCUGAGAGAGACAUCCCCACAGACCCCAAUUCAGAGUCUCUCAUCUCAGCACAUGACAUUUUAUCCUGGAUCAAGCAGGAAGAGCAGCCGUACCCUUGGGGCCCCCGCGACUCCGUGGAAGGCGAGCUCGGAUUGGACUCUGGCCCCAGUGACAGCCUGCUGCUCGUGAAGAACCCACCCCAGGCCCCGCAGCAGUCGCAGCCACAGCCGCAGCCCCAGGCCCAGCCGCAGACCCAGCCGCAGCCCCAUCAGCAGAGCCUGCCCCCACUCCCUGUGGCCGAGAACCCCGGGGGCCCUCCGAACCGUGGACUGUUGGACGAAGACUUCCCUGGGCUCCCUGGGGAGCGAGGUGCCAGCGAGGCACAGCCUGGUGGGGAGAGUGGCGUGGGUGGUGGCGGCGGCGGUGGUGGCACUGGUGGUGUUGGUGGUGGCGGCGGCGGCAGUGGCAGCACAGGCACAGGUGCGGGUGGUGGCUGUGGCAGCUGCUGCCCUGGCGGGCUGCGACGAAGCCUCCUGCUGCAUGGUGCACGCAGCAAGCCCUACUCCUGCCCGGAGUGCGGCAAGAGCUUUGGCGUGCGUAAGAGCCUCAUCAUCCACCACCGCAGCCAUACCAAGGAGCGGCCCUACGAGUGCGCGGAAUGCGAGAAGAGCUUCAACUGCCAUUCGGGCCUCAUCCGCCACCAAAUGACGCACCGCGGCGAGCGGCCCUACAAGUGCUCCGAGUGCGAGAAGACCUACAGCCGCAAGGAGCACCUGCAGAACCACCAGAGGCUGCACACGGGCGAGCGGCCCUUCCAGUGUGCGCUGUGCGGCAAGAGCUUCAUCCGCAAGCAGAACCUGCUGAAGCACCAGCGCAUCCACACUGGCGAGCGGCCCUACACGUGCGGCGAGUGCGGCAAGAGCUUCCGCUACAAAGAGUCGCUCAAGGACCACCUGCGCGUGCACAGCGGCGGCCCAGGCCUAGGGGCCCCGCGGCCUCAGCAGGCGCCUCCCGAGCGAGACUAGGGCUGGGCUGGGGGGAGAGGGGCGGACUGGAGCCAGGGCUUGACCGGCCCUUGGGUAUCCUGGGGACCCACCAACCUGCCCCGUGGCUCCUGGUGCACCUUCCUGCCCUCUACCCUCCACCUGCCCGAAAUUGGACACAGGAAUUACACUCCAGACAGGGUCCCCAAAGGAUUGGAUGGGGUCACCCCCCGAUCUGUCCAGCCUGAGUGGACAGCCCAGCUCAUCUCAGAGGGUGGACCAAGCUGCCCGGGGAAGGUGCCAGAAGAAUACAGGGGCGGUGAUCCUCAUGCACCCUCCUCGUGCCACCCAGUGUGCUCCGUGGCCGCUGGGGCUGCACGUUGCGGUCAGGGAAAUGGCCCGGUGCCUGAGAAGUAAGCCCUUAGGCCUAAGAGGCACCCUGAGAACAGGAGCUGUGAGCGAAGGGAUGUGCUAAGGGUACCAGCUUAAUGGUGACAACACUGCCUCGCGUUGGAGUAGCGCUUUAUACUUUUUAAAAAGUGUUUUCUAUCCGUUAUCUAUUUUUGCCCUUAGCCUAUCCCCCCCCCCCCCCGAUAUAGGUGGGGUAGGAUUUUCCUGAUCUCAUAACUGAGGAAAGUGAGACAUAAGUGAGACGAUUUCCCCAUAAUCACACAGUGGCGGUGGCCAGGCGGGAGCCGCUCCAGGGCUGCUGGCCAGCGCAGUGUCCCCACCGCAAGCACUGCCUACCUCUGUGUCCGAGGGACUGCUCCUAUGGGCGGGUCUCUGUGCUCCCCCUUUCCUGCCCUCUCCUCUGAAUCAGAAGCCACAGUGAGGAGGGGCGGGGUCUACUCACAGGGUUACCAGCACUAGGGAAAACACUGGCUACCAAAUGCCCUGGGGUCGUGCUUCUGGAAAGCCCUUUGCAGGCAGCUCCAGAGUGACACCCCUGCAGUCUUAGCCAGUCCUGUCCACCUCCCGUCCCUCAAUCUGGUGCAGCAGCAUCUUCUCACUGCACACUGGUGGCCCAGCCCUCCAAGAGGCUGCUGGCGCCCUGGGUCAGACCUCAUGGGUGACUGCUCCCAGUUUCCCCAGGGCAGAGGGAAUCAGGGAGAGGCUGUGGCCUGGAGAGCAGCUGUCCAGGAAGUGAGCCUCUUCCAGGAGGGCCUGGCAAGUGGGUGCUAGAGUCUGAGCCUCAGUAGCCCUCCUUCUCUGGGCCUCCCAAUUGGUGCUAUCCGUUAACUGACCGUGAUCACGGACAUGGACGCAGACCCUCCAGGCGCCCAGGGAAGCGCCCAAAGGACUCCCUUUCACGUUGGUGCACCGCUCCGUGGCCCUGGACGCCACGCCGCAGGGGCCACGGACCCCAUUUCAGCGUCUUGCAUGGCCAGGCACCAGGGUGGGGCGGCAUGCCCCAGGACCCUUGUUUGUGUCAAAAACAGCUUUCUGCUCUUCCCACAGACCCUGCUUCUCUCGCAGCCAGGGAGCACGGUGGGCAGCCCGCACUUGGCACCACCCCCGCUUCCACAGUGCUCCGCUUUCCUGCCCUUCCCCCAACUGCGCUGCUCCGCUUUCCUCAGCCCCUCCCCCCCCCCAUUUUUUUGCCGUGCAAAGGGAAUUCUUGAAAUUAAAUAAAAGGUAUCCAGAUUGCAGACUGCAUGUUCCCAAGGCUGGAGGGCUCUCCAGCGUGGCUUCCUACAGUAAAGCCUCAGUGAACUGGAAUCCAACUAACUGAGCU